GUCAUUAGCUCCUGAGCUGUGGGAUUCCUAAGCAGACAAGAAGAAAAGGCAUCUUCCCCCGAGCAGCCUCCCAGCUCCCACUCAGUUUGGCAUUGGGGCAGCAGCUCGGGCCACAGAAAGCAAGCAGGUGAGUGUCCCCAAGCGGGGAUCACCGCAGGCAGGUCUGCCGCUUGUUGUGAAACGGGGCUUUGCACCCUCUCGGAAGCCGGGGGAGUUGGUGCUGACUUCCAAGCUGCCUGGUGGAAGAAGAGAAAGUGGAUCUGCAGAGACUGAGGGGAGAGGGAGAAGCCCCUCUCCCCUCUUCCCUACCACAGCACCAUGGGCAACAUUUGUCUGAGGUUCUGGGCGAACUUGGGGCCCUGCCUCCCGUGCUUGUUCCAGGAGGCCGACAAGCCGGCGGUGGUGAUUGAGAACCCAGGAGCCCGCUGCUCCCCCGAUCCUCCCCAGUCGCAGAGUCAGGAGCCCAGGAGAAGCCACGGCCACUACUUUGUGGCUCUGUUUGAUUACCAGGCGCGGACCGCAGAGGACCUGAGCUUCCGCGCGGGCGACAAGCUCCAAGUCCUGGACACUUCCCUCGAGGGCUGGUGGUUGGCCAGGCACUUGGAGAGAAGGGAAGAUGCCUCUGGCCAACCGCUACAGGGCUAUAUUCCUUCAAACUAUGUGGCUGAGGACAGGAGCCUGCAGGCAGAGCCGUGGUUCUUUGGAGCAAUCAAGAGAACAGAUGCAGAAAAACAACUAUUAUAUUCAGAAAAUCAGACUGGUGCCUUUCUAAUCAGAGAAAGUGAAAGCCAGAAAGGAGAUUUCGCCCUUUCAGUUUUAGAUGCAAGGGUUGUGAAACACUACAGAAUCAGAAGACUGGAUGAAGGGGGUUUUUUCCUUACCCAGAGAAGAACCUUUUCAACACUGAAUGAAUUUGUGAGCUACUACACCAAGACAAGUGAUGGCCUGUGUGUCCUGCUGGGAAAACCAUGUUUAAAGAUACAAGUGCCAGUGCCUUUUGAUUUGUCAUAUAAAACCGUGGACCAGUGGGAGAUAGACCGCGAGUCCAUACAGCUUCUGAAGCGAUUAGGAUCUGGUCAAUUUGGUGAAGUGUGGGAAGGCCUAUGGAACAAUACCACUUCAGUAGCAGUAAAAACAUUAAAACCAGGUUCAAUGGAUCCAAAUGACUUCCUGAGGGAGGCACAGAUAAUGAAGAACCUGAGACAUCCAAAGCUUAUCCAGCUUUAUGCUGUUUGCACUUUAGAAGAUCCAAUUUAUAUUAUUACAGAGUUGAUGAGACAUGGAAGUCUGCAAGAAUAUCUCCAAAAUGAUGCUGGGACAAAAAUCCAUCUGACUCAGCAGGUAGACAUGGCUGCGCAGGUUGCCUCUGGGAUGGCUUAUCUGGAGUCCCAGAACUACAUUCAUAGAGAUCUGGCUGCCAGAAAUGUCCUGGUUGGUGAACAUAAUAUCUACAAAGUUGCAGAUUUUGGACUUGCAAGAGUUUUUCAGGUAGAUAAUGAAGACAUCUAUGAAUCCAAACAUGACAUAAAGCUGCCAGUGAAGUGGACUGCGCCCGAAGCCAUUCGUGCUAAUAAAUUCAGCAUUAAGUCCGAUGUGUGGUCAUUUGGAAUCCUUCUUUAUGAAAUCAUUACUUAUGGCAAAAUGCCUUAUAGUGGCAUGACAGGUGCUCAGGUCAUCCAGAUGUUGGGUCAAAACUAUAGACUCCCUCAACCACUUAACUGUCCACCACAGUUCUACAACAUCAUGUGGGAGUGUUGGAACGCAGAGCCUAAGGAACGGCCAACAUUUGAGAAACUGCAUUGGAAACUUGAAGACUAUUUUGAAACAGACUUUUCAUUUUCAGAUACAAAUAACUUUGUAAGAUGAACACUGAAGAAGAACAUUAAAUAAUCAAGUAACAAAAGAGUUCAAUAAUCAGUCCAGAAAUACAACCUUAUUAAUCAACUGCCAGAAGAGCUUACCUUGACAUAUUCAAGUGAUAGGGUCAACUUACCCGUGUAUUAUGAAGAAGAUUAUAAGUGCAUUAUAUGUGACUGGGCAACACUGCACGACAGUCUAAGAUGAUAUUUUAUCACUGCCUGGCAAAAAUCAAACACAUAAACACAGUUAUUUUUCUUUUUAAAAAAUACUUAAACAUUUCUAUUUAUUGUUUGAAAUACCGAUCAAGAGGAUCAACAGAUGACAGUCAGUUUUUACUCAGUGACUGUUGUAGCAUUUUCCUGUUUACUGAUUAAAGUGGUUAUUCAUUAUUCCUCGGAUUGCUGAAUCCCAUCAGGCUGUUACUAUGAAGGAAUCUGAUUGCUUUGCUGCACAGCAGGACCUGUGCUUUGAGAUGUUUUUUUUUUCUCUUUUAAAAUAUCCUGUAACUACAGUGAUGGUAAAGCCAUGUGAAAUGACUUGAUUGUACUUGGAGUAAUUGCACAUAUUUUUUCCUAUGCAUGAAAAAAUGAAGCAGCUGUUGAAAAAAGAAUUAAAAUUUCUCUCCUUUUGUAGAAGGAAAUGAUGGGAUUUUUCUGUACCUCGGUAUGUGUCAUCUGAGAAUCAUCUACAUUAGUUUUAAUCUCCUCAUGUUAAGAAUUAGAUCGCAAAGCAGAUGAGUUAUUAUCUAUGGAAGUAUGUGAGAAACAUCGAGUAGCCUGCAAAGUCUGAGAAAUGAGUGUAAAAUAGUUGAGGAACAGGAGAGGAGAGCAGUAGGCUUAGAUAGCUGAAUAAUUUUUUAAAAGAUGGACCUUUGGCAUAUAGGCCAGAGUUUUAAAUUGAUUACAGUACAGGUUAAGCUCAGUUUUAGAUCUAGAGGCUAGGAAUAAUGUCUGACCCUGGUUAUGAAGCUCUAUUUUCCAUCUGGUAGGACAAGAGGGUUUUUAUUCAUCUUAAAUGUGCAUUAACCUUUGUAAGAAUGUUACUGUCUUCUUAAGCAACGGGUGGAUCAAAUUUUGUGCUCCAUUAGAUGAUUUGGGAGAGUUCUCAAAGGUAGUUUCAGAAUCAAGGAGAUAGUGAAAGAUCUCUGCUGUAAAGCAAUAUGAAUGAAACAAGCCACGAAAAGACGGAAGAUUUUGAAGUAUAUUCUCUCAUCUUUAAAGGAGAAGAACAUAUCUAAACAGUUACAGAAACCCGAAUUCAAAGUGGAUGAAGUAUUAAGAAGUAAAUGUGUGAGCUCUGCCUGGAAGGCUAGAGGUAGGGAGGGCUUCAGGUACCAUAUCAUUAGCACUUCAGUGAUAGUGACGGGGACCCACGUUCCUUUCAGCUAUCUUCUCUGUCGCCAGCAUUGUCCUCGUUCUCAAAUCACAGAUGGCUCAGUAGCAGCUGGGGCUCCCUUUUCUUUUCUCCUCAUCUAGUAGCAGAAAAUGGGAAACCUCUCUCUCUGCAUUUUCAGCUUGCAUAGGAAGCAUUC